AUGUGCGUUACAAUGAAACUCAAGUUCAUCUUUUUAUUUACUUUGUGCGGUUUAACGCAAGCAAAACUGAUAAACCUGUCGUGCAAGCAAGUUCGUGCAUUUGUCGAUGGACACAACUCCCGGAGACUUCAAUUAGCAAAAGGGCAGAUUCCUGGACAACCCCCGGCCUCUGAAAUGAAGCUUAUGAUUUGGGACGAAGAAUUAGCAGCAAAAGCAGCAAAAUGGGCGUCAAGAAAUCAAUUUCGACACAACCCGGAAAAAAGCGUUGGUUCUCGUCGAUUUAACACAGGAGAGAACCUCUACUGGUACGCAACAACGGAUCCUAAUCAUAAGUUAGACAUUGACGGCAGUCUUAAAUCAUGGUUUGAUGAACAUUAUUACUUUACUCACAGGCCAUUGAAAAUGAAAGAUUUCGAUGGUUCAUCAAAACAUCAAAUCGGACAUUAUACUCAGAUGGCGUGGGCCAGCACGAUGUACGUCGGAUGUGCAAUUUCACAGUACUGGCGAAACAAUUUCAAAGAAUUCCUUGUCGUAUGCAAUUACGGUCCAGGUGGCAAUUACAUAGGCCAAGUGCCUUAUGAAACAAAAAGAGGGCCCAGCAAUACUUUAACCUGUGGUAACAAAGACUGCAGGCAGCUGUACGGAGACAAAUGUUGA